CGGCGGGGAGCCGGUUGCCGGCGGCCAUGAGCUACGAGCACCGCCGCGAUUGGGGUCGGGGCCGCGGCGGGGAUGGCGGCGCCUCCUCGGCGGCCGCCGGCGGCCCCUCCUCGGCGGGGGGACACGGAGGCCGCGGCGGGGGCCGCGGGCGUCAUCCCAGCCACCUGAAGGGCCGCGACAUCGGGCUGUGGUACGCGCGGAAGCAGGGCCAGAAGAGCAAGGAGGCGGACCGGCAGCAGAGAGCUGUCGUGCGGAUGGAUGAACGCAGGGAAGAGCAAAUCAUGCAGCUCCUGAACAACGUCCAGUCUAAAACUGAGAAGGAGCAAGAAGCCAUGUCCUGGUGGUCUGGGGAUGAGGAUGGGCCUGCUCCAGAGCAGCCUGCAAAGGCCAAACCACAGGCUGAAAAAGCUCCUGUCAGGCAGAGACCGGUCCCAGAAAAGACAUCUCUUGAUCGGGAUGUGGAGUACCUCUUUGAGAAGAAUGAGCAGGAUGCUGACUUAGAUGAGCAACUGAAAGAAGACCUGAGAAAGAAGAGAUCUGACCCCAGAUACAUUGAAAUGCAGAGAUUCCGGGAGAAGCUCCCUUCCUAUGGGAUGAGGCAGGAGCUUGUCAACCUGAUAAACAAUAAUCGAGUGACGGUGAUCAGCGGGGAAACCGGCUGUGGCAAGACGACCCAAGUGACACAGUUCAUCUUGGAUGACUACAUUGAGAGGGGGAAAGGCUCUACCUGCAGGAUUGUCUGCACUCAGCCCAGGAGGAUCAGUGCUAUCUCAGUGGCUGAGAGAGUUGCUGCUGAAAGGGCAGAAGCAUGUGGCAGUGGCAAGAGUACAGGGUACCAAAUUCGCCUGCAGAGUCGGUUGCCAAGGAAACAAGGCUCAAUUUUGUACUGUACCACGGGGAUCGUCCUGCAGUGGCUCCAGUCAGACAAGCACUUGUCCAGCAUUAGUCAUGUGGUCCUGGAUGAAAUUCAUGAACGAAACCUGCAGUCAGAUGUUUUAAUGAGCAUCAUUAAAGACCUGCUGAACGUCCGCCUGGAUCUGAAGGUGAUCCUGAUGAGUGCCACUCUGAACGCAGAGAAGUUCUCAGACUAUUUUGAUCAUUGUCCAAUGAUCCACAUACCUGGCUUCACUUUCCCUGUGGUGGAAUAUCUUCUUGAAGAUGUCAUUGAGAAGCUGAGGUAUGCUCCAGAGAGCACAGACCGUCGUCCCCGCUGGAAGAAGGGCUUCCUGCAGGGCCAUGUCAGCAGGCCGGAGAAAGAAGAGAAGGAGGAGAUCUACAGGGAGCGGUGGCCAGAGUACCUGAGGCAGCUGCGGGGAAGGUAUUCACAGGGUACCAUAGAUGCCUUGGAGAUGAUGGAUGAUGACAAGGUGGACCUGGACCUUAUAGCAGCACUGAUCAGACACAUUGUUCUGGAAGAAGAGGAUGGAGCAAUUCUGGUGUUCCUGCCAGGCUGGGACAACAUCAGCACCCUGCAUGAUCUCCUGAUGUCACAGGUCAUGUUUAAAUCAGACAGGUUUAUUAUCAUUCCUUUACAUUCACUGAUGCCCACUGUUAACCAGACCCAGGUUUUUAAGAAGACCCCUCCAGGAGUAAGGAAGAUUGUGAUUGCUACCAACAUUGCAGAGACCAGCAUCACAAUAGACGACGUCGUGUUCGUUAUAGACGGGGGCAAAAUAAAGGAGACUCACUUUGACACCCAGAACAACAUCAGCACCAUGGCAGCAGAGUGGGUUAGUAAAGCUAAUGCCAAGCAGAGGAAAGGUCGAGCAGGAAGAGUUCAGCCAGGCCACUGCUACCAUCUCUACAAUGGACUCCGUGCCAGCCUCCUAGAUGACUACCAGCUACCAGAGAUCCUGAGGACACCUUUGGAAGAGCUCUGCUUACAAAUCAAGAUUCUAAAGCUUGGUGGAAUUGCUUCUUUCCUGAGCAAGCUCAUGGAUCCACCGUCUCGUGAUGCCGUCCUGUUGGCCAUAAAUCACCUAAUGGAGCUGAAUGCUUUGGACAGACAGGAAGAGCUGACUCCACUGGGUGUCCACCUAGCCCGAUUGCCAGUUGAGCCACACAUUGGGAAAAUGAUCCUCUUUGGAGCUUUAUUCUGCUGCUUGGAUCCAGUGCUUACAAUUGCAGCCAGCCUCAGCUUUAAAGACCCUUUUGUCAUUCCUCUGGGCAAAGAGAAAGUAGCAGAUGCCAGAAGGAAGGAGCUGUCCAAGAACACCAAGAGUGACCAUCUCACUGUGGUGAAUGCUUUCACGGGCUGGGAGGAGACUCGGCGCCGUGGUUUCAGAACAGAGAAGGACUACUGCUGGGAGUAUUUCCUGUCUGCAAAUACACUGCAGAUGCUACAUAACAUGAAGGGGCAGUUUGCCGAGCAUCUCCUUGCAGCUGGGUUUGUGAGUAGCAGAGAUCCCAAGGAUCCCAAAUCCAAUACCAACUCAGAUAAUGAGAAGCUGCUCAAAGCAGUCAUCUGUGCUGGCUUGUAUCCAAAAGUUGCAAAGAUCCGGCCAAGCUUCAGCAAGAAGAGGAAAAUGGUGAAAGUUUGCACCAAGACAGAUGGGACAGUUAAUAUUCACCCCAAAUCAGUGAAUGUGGAAGAAACAGAGUUCCACUACAACUGGCUGGUGUACCACCUGAAGAUGAGAACUAGCAGUAUUUACUUGUAUGAUUGCACAGAGGUCUCUCCCUACUGCCUCCUCUUCUUUGGGGGAGAUAUCUCCAUUCAGAAGGAUAAAGACCAGGACACCAUCGCCGUGGAUGAGUGGAUUGUCUUCCAGUCCCCAGCAAGGAUAGCACACUUAGUUAAGAAUUUAAGACAAGAGCUGGAUGAUCUCCUGCAAGAGAAAAUAGAAACCCCCCAUCCUGUGGACUGGGCUGAUGUGAAAUCCAGGGAGACAGCAGUGCUGACAGCCAUCAUAGACUUGAUCACCACCCAGGAGAACGAAAGCGUCCGCAACUUCGCUCCACGCUUCCAGAGCGAACGCUACAGUUGACACACUUCCCUCUCUGUCCACCCAGCCAACCCUCUUCCCCUCUCUCUCUCUCUCUCCUCCUC